CUUAUUCUUAUCAGAAGGUCACAGCGCGAAGUAUUCCCUGUUUGAAGAAAGAAAUUAAUUGUAAAAUAAGUAAUGAUACAUUGGUGCAGACAAACUCUAAAAUUGAAACUAAAAAGUAAUUAUUUCAGAAAUUAUUUUAGACAAAUAUCUAACCGAACUAGUGGAAGUUAUUGGCACUCGAGGGGAAGUUUUACUUUUUCCAAUGCCACUCUCGGUGAUUUAGUAGACACAGCGGCUGAUAAAUAUGGAGACAGCGUGGCCAUUUCUGUACCAUUUCAGAAUAUAAAUAAGACUUUUACACAGUUUAAACAAGAAGUCGAUCAACUUGCUGCCGGUUUGAUUGGAUUAGGUUUGAAGAAGAACGAUCGAAUUGCAAUUUGGUCUCCAAAUAAUUACGAGUGGGUCCUCACGCAGUUUGCUGCUGUUAAAGCAGGAUUGAAUUUAGUUUGCCUAAAUCCCUCAUACAGAGCAGCAGAAUUGGAAUAUUCUCUUAACAAAAUCCAAUGUAAGGCUAUUGUCACCGCUGAAAGUUUUAAAUUACUGAAUUUAUAUGACAUAAUAUGUGAAGCGAUGCCCGAGGUUCCUAACUGUAAUCCAGGUCAAAUGCGUUCACAAAAAGUGAAGAGUCUUCAAUACCUAAUUACACUUGCAAAUAAAUCCUUGCCAGGAACGUAUAAGUUGAAGGAAAUACAAGAAAAUGAUGGAAAUGAAAAUAGAAAAGUUCUUCACCAACGACAGAAAAUAAUUCAAUUUGAUGACCCCUGUACUAUCAUGUUUACAUCGGGUACAACUGGAAAUCCAAAAGCCGCUACAUCCAGCCAUUUUCAAUUAAUUAAUAACUCAAUUGCUUUUGCAAGAAAGAUGGGAUUCAAUAGAGAGCGUGUGAUACUUUGCUUGCACCUGCCACUCUUUCAUGCCUUUGGUUACAUUCUUGGACCAUUAAUGACAUUGCAGCUUGGAGGAAAAUGUGUAAUCCCUUCAGAGGUCUUUCAUACUCCUUCUUCUCUGGAGAGCAUCCAAAACGAAAGGUGUACGUUAGUGUAUGGAGUUCCGACAAUGUAUUUUGAUAUGUUAAAACAUCUCUCCGAUUCAAAUUAUGAUCUCAAAAGUUUGCAAAAAGGUAUAAUUGGAGCAUCUCCUGUUCCUGAAUAUUUGGUACAAGAAUUGGAAAAAAAAUUAGAUAUAGAAAUUUUGAACGGGUAUGGAACAACGGAAACUUCGUGUGUAAUCUCCGUAGCCAAUUCUCCCACAGAUAGAUAUUCAGGAAAACCUGUCGAACAUGUCGAAGUCAAAAUUGUCGACAAAGACGGAAACGUACUCCCAUUUAACACUAAAGGAGAAAUUCUGUGUAGAUCUCCAUACGUAUUUCUCGGCUAUUGGGAAGACAAGGACAAAACUGACGAAGUGCUGGAUAGUUCCAAAUGGUAUCAUUCUGGUGAUAUCGGUAGCAUGGACGAAGACGGUAACAUUUGCGUAACUGGAAGAAUUAAGGAUCUUGUCAUAAGAGGUGGUGAAAAUAUAUAUCCUCAAGAAAUCGAAAAUUUACUUAUUAAACACCCUGCUGUCUCCGAAGCAUACGUUGUGGGAGUUCCAGAUAUAAGAAUGGGAGAAGAGUUGUGCGCCUGCAUUCAACUGAAACCUAAUCAAGGAAUUAAAGAAAAAGAUGUUAAAGAAUUCUGCAAAGACAAGAUAAGCAAGUUCAAAAUCCCAAAAUACAUCGUAGUCGUUGAAGAAUUUCCGAAAACGGAAAGCGGAAAAAUUCAAAAGUAUAAGCUUCAAGAACAAUGUACAAAAUUACUGAAAUUAUAAUUACGAGAUCGUUUUAUUUUUAAAACGUAUAUUUAAUUGGAAUGUGUUAAUCAUAUAUAUAAAUGAAAAUGUUUGUUUGGCUGUUUGUUUGUUCGGUUUACACGCCUUUGCCGUUCGACCAAUUGCUACGAAACUCGGCAAUUUCGUUUAUAUAUUAUUCUUUUAGAUAAUGUCGUUCAUUCCACUCCGAAAAAUCAAUUGGAUUUUUGUAAAUCAACUAAUUUCUACCAACAUUAAAUUUGCUGAUGUACACUUGAGACAUCUAUUG